GGAAACAAGCCAGAAGCAGCGUGACGCAUCAACCAAUAAAUAUCGUAUUACUAUAUAAGAUAUCCAUACCCAUUCUCUUUCUUCUUCUUCUUGUGCUCUUCGUCACAAUCCACAACAUUAAUUUAUGGCUCUUCAGUGUGCUUCAUCUCAAAUCCUAAUUCGCAAAUCUGGAUCGUUUCUCAAGUUUGCAAACAGAGAUUACAUGUCCCCACGAACUCGUUUGCCUCUCAGACUCGGAAAGGCCCCUCCAUUCAUACUCACAACCUCAGCUUCCAUCGACAAGGUGUACGAGAAUGAAUCGGAGGGAAUAGUUUGCUACAAAGACGAGAGUACUGGAGAGAUUAUUUGCGAAGGAUACGAUGAAGGGCCUCGGCUUCAACGAAUUCCAGCACCAACCUUUCCUCCAAGAGAUGCUGAGAUCAUGAAUCUUCUGCUUCAACAAAGUUUGCUUCAGAUCGUAAAAGGCAAAAAAAUGAACCUCUCGCUUCAACGUCUUUGCCUUCAUCAACACUUCAACUUCGAUGCUGUCUCGCCUAUCCCUCUUGCUGUUGUGCUCACAUUUUGACUCUCUGCGUCUCUCGACUUGGUAUUUCCCUCUUUUUGCCGCUCAAUCUUGCAAUCUUCUCUUCUUGCCUUUGCUUGGUGUCUCUCUCUCAUCGUUCUCUUGUUUUGGCCUUUUGACUUUCUUACUCUUAGAUAAUUUCUCUUCUGGCAUAGACCUUUUUUUUUUAGGCUAUAGAUGUUCAAUAUUUCAAUUUGAUGCUCACUCUAAGGAACUCAUUUUAAUUUGAAAAGUCUAAUUCCUUAUCUUAUUCUAUGAGAAUUAUAUCGGUAUACCUCGUGUAUUUUGUUUUUGGAAUUUUGUUGUAAAUUUUAAUGACAUCAACUAACAUGUAUUAAGACUUUUAAAUCUUUUAUUUAUUUUUUAAAUAAUGUGAGACAUUAAUUUAGUUGAAUUUAUCAUUAUUUGUAAUCUUUUGAGUAUAGUUUAGGAACAAAUAUGAUUCUUAACCCUUUAAUUAAACUUGUAUACAAAAAGCCUUCCAAUCAAUAUUUUAAUUUUUAUCAAUCUAGUAUCUUACACAACAAUCUGUUCUUUUAUUUUUUUUUAAAUGUUUGAAUCUAUUUUUUCUUACACAAAUUAUUACAUUUUUUUAUUAUGGUUGGCAUUAAUAUCAUGUUAUCUAAAGCAACAAAUUUUGACAAUGUUGUCUUCUUUUUAAGUAAUGAAGACCAAGCCAAUGGUUGAGAGCAAACUUAAGAAACUAAAUUAAUAAAAAUUAAAUUUAAAAGAUCAAAGUUAAUAAUUGAGAUAAAUUUGAGUGACCAAAAGUUUUAUUUUUUUUAUUUUUCACCAUUUAUUUAUUUUUUCUUUGAAUCAAAUUUUUUAGGAGGGAGACUGACAUUGAAAUUAUGAGAUUUUGAAUUUGGACCUCACCAUUUCAUUUUCCUCUGAUUAAUUGAUAGGAAACUUUUUAUAAUUAGAGUCAGUUUAUAAAACAUACGUAGUUAAAGUAAUUAUGACUAUAUUUUUUUUAAACAUAUUUUUAUUCUUCACAAUUAACUUGCUUUACUUAUCUUUUAUACAUUACUUACAUCAACAUUGUUCAAUCACACUUGCACAAGGAGCAGCAUCAUUCAUAGUCCAAAUCUUCCAAAUUUUGUUGGUGAAUUAAAAUAUUAAAGUCUUGUAUUUAUAUUGAAUAAUCUUGAGUAAACAUUUUUUAUUUUUAAAAUGUUUAAUUAAAACAUGUAUUUAAAUUUUUGAUGAUAAUAUAACAAAUCUGUGAUUUAAUUGAGAAAUCAUACAACUUUUUAUAUCAUAUAUU